AUGACCAAGUUAAGAAGUAUGACUGGAAACCGGAAUCAUGAUGACAAUGAUGCAUCAUCAUCAUCAUCAUCUAGCAGGAAGAGGUUCAAGAAUUUUGACAACGAUGGUGUGGCAUCUUGUGGAGUCUGCAAGUCAUGGAGGUCAUUCGCACUGAGAGGAAUAGAUACAUGGCCUCCAUACCUCCCAUGUCGAUAUGGUCCAGUGCUGGUAAUCAAGACUCGUAUUGACACCAACAAUUUUCCAAAGCCAGACUGGUUUUAUCCGGAGUUUGUAAGUUCGGGUGAAAACCUUUAUGUGAUAAAUCGGUAUGCACCAAACAUUAUUCUGGAACUAGAUAUCGGUGAAAUGAAAUGGGUGUCAGCAGAAAAGACAAUAGGAGAAUAUGCAAUCUUCAUUAGCGGGUGUGGGGUGAGGUCUUCUGCUGCUAUUAAACCCGAGUCAUGGGCUGGCCCUUGGACACAAUACAAGAGCUAUGAUCGCUUUCUUGAGACUGAUAAAAUUCGACAACACAUCGAUAAUUAUAAAUGGAUGUGGUACGUACUUCCCCCAUGA